AUGUGGUGGGUGCCCAGUGCCCAAAGGGGUCGAUGUGAGUGUAGGACGGCGGAGUGCAUAAGCCCGGCGGCUGGGGAACUUCCACUUCCAGGUGUUGCAACAGGCGCGCCAAAGGCGGGCAAACGGUUUUUGCAAGGACUCCUCUUGGUUCUGAGCACUUUCGUCAACCUCAGACAUUUUGGGAUGUGUUUGGGGGUCAUUUUCAUUGAUGCGAUGCAAGUGCUUGCUGUUUUGCGCAUCCUGCCGGAACUUCCGACCCGGACGAGGCAUCCAGCCCACUCGCAGCUGAGUGAGGGGGAUGAAGGGAGCAACUCGCCAGGAGUGAGCGAGGAGCCGGUGAACGUGGCGUUGAAGCAUUCGUGGCACGAACAGCUUUAG